CUUAUCGCAACGCUCCCGGGCUAGUUAACGUUCGCGAAAGAACCGACCAUAUCUGCAGCUAUGCCUCUCUCAAACCUUGUCGAGCAAGCAGCCAAUGCGCAGACCAACUUCCAGAGCGUCCCCAUCAUCGAUUUGACUGAUGCAGCCAGUCCUGACCCUGAGCUACGAUGGCAGGUAGCUUUGAACAUACGCGAUGCAUGCAUCAACGUCGGGUUCUUCUAUGUCAGCAACCAUGGCAUCCCGGACGAAACUUUCACAGACGUGCUCUCGGCGAUGAAGACCUUCUAUGGGCAGCCGCUGGAGAAGAAGAUGGAGCUCGAGAACAAGAAACAGGCCAACCUAAUGGGCUACUCGCCUCUGCUGAGCGGCAACAACGAUCCCUCGAACAGCGGUGACCUGCAGGAGGGGUACGAGUCCGGCUUCGAGCCGCUCGAUGGCUCCAAGGGCGAGGGCACCAUCAUCGGCGGUGGCAAGAACGUUUGGCCUGCUGACCUCCUGGAGUUCAGGGAGAAGGCGUUGAAGUACUAUCAUGCAGCACUUGGUGUUGGGAGGUUGAUGUUCCCGCUGUUUGCUCUUGCGCUGGGGCUUCCGGAGACGUUCUUCGAGGAUAAGACGCGGAAUUCUGCUGCACUGAUGCGCCUGCUUCAUUAUCCACCACAAACGGCGGAAGUAGACGAGAGCAAAGUCAUCGGUAUAGGGGCGCACACGGACUGGGAGUGCUUCACCAUCUUAUGGCAAGAGCCUGGAAAGCAGGCGCUUCAGGUGCUCAACUCCGAGAACAAGUGGAUUCCAGCACCUCCCAUCGAAGGGACCCUCGUUAUCAAUCUAGGCGACCAGCUUGCGCGCUGGACCAACGACGUCUUCAAGUCCACCGUGCAUCGCGCCAUCAACCGAAAUGGGGUCGAUCGAUAUGCGAUCCCUCUGUUCUUCGGCACGGACUACGACGUGAAGCUCGAGCCCAUCCCUGGCUGCGUGUCCGAGAGGAGGCCGCAGAAGUACGAGGUCGUGACGGCGGGAGACUAUGUGAAGUCGCGCCUCCUGGCGACUUAUGCGCACUGAGGGUAGCCGAGGCGCAUCCCGCAAUAUGCCCGGGAAGGGCCUCGAGGGGCCAGCCUGGAGCGCCUGCGAGUCAUUCACACAAAUAUAGGCAAAUGAACGAUAACCGCGUGUAGCGCGCGGCGACCUGCUUGAGACCGGUCUCGGGAUGUUUAGGAGCGGUACCCUACGUUAGGGAAAUGCCGGGGCUCGGUUCAUGGCCGGCGGGUACCAG